UGUAUUGUAUUGUUCCUAACUUUUGUUUUGGUGUGCAUUUAGAAACAAUGGACCAGGCAUCAACCUGACAGCUUUAUUUUUAUUGAUAAAAAAAAAAAUUAAAAAAAAAGCUUCAUUGUUAUAAAGCGGAGCUUUGAUAUUCAUCCCAAGAAUUACAUAAAAACGCUGCCAGUUUUCCAGAUUAUCAUUUGAUCUAGAGAAUUUCAGCAGAAAAGUAUAUCUUGAAAUAGAAUAAUGUUUAAAGUCGGAAGCACUGUACAAGCUAUUGAUGGAGAAUGCGGAAUUUGGCUGACGGGGAAAGUGAAGGAAGCUGGAGAUGGGAAGCAUUUAAUCCAGUGGGCUGGAUAUGGCAAUGUUUCGUGGAUCGAGGACACGUUUGUGAGGCUCCCUAUACGAAAGAGGACGAUAUCCGCUGCUCAUCUUGCAUUAAGAACGCUACAACGUGGUGACAUCUUUCGUAAAACGAUUCCUGGUGGUGGGUUAUCCCCGACUUUGACCGUUGAAACAAACGACCCGUUCCUAUGCGAGAUAAAGACGGCAAUAGGUAUCGCCGUGCGAUAUGAAUUCAUCGCAGAGGAAUCUCUUGGCGGAAUUGAUGAUGACGAUUCGGAGAGUGACGAGACAAGGGAGGAAGAGGAAAUUGAUGUAGUAGGUGAGGCACACCAAGGACGCAAGAAACGACAGAAAGUCAGCGUGGAGAAGCCGGCUGCAAAAGUGUUGGACACGGGGAAAGAGUUGUUUGCUGAGAAAGUGAGAGGAGAAUUUGAUUUUGACUUCGUUGAUUUGGAAGGCGUCGACCAGGAAAUAGAGCAGAUGAGUGAUGACUACGAGCAGGCGACUGGGAAGAAGACGCCAGACUGCACAGGCCAGUGGAGGGUGACCGAGAAAACAGCCGAUUGUUGCGCAGCGCUAGCUGAACGAGUUCGCACACUCGAAUACAAAAACGCUGAGUUGUCUAACACUGUUGCAGAACAACAAUCGAAAUUGGGACGACAGUCAGAAGAUAUAUUAUCACUGCAUCAGCGACUGGUGGCUUUGGAGCAACAACCACCCGCACCUCGAAUUACACCGCAACGUCCAAUCCCCCAACAAUGGUUUCAACCCAGCACAUCCGGAAUAGCAUCGCGACCCACAAUCAGGCCUACCACCAACCAACCUCAGCCGCCUCCGACCCCAGCUCGUCCACCACCAGUUGCACUGUUGCAACUACCCACCGCGACUCAUGAACCGGAUACGACCCCAUCACGUCCAGUUGGGCCACCACAACCACCCACGACGACUCAUGAAACGGAUACGACCCCAUCACGUCCAGUUGCUCCACCACGACCACGACGUCCACUUUAUAGCGAAGAACUCCCGAGAGAGAUAAUGAUGAAGUUAUUACGCGACCAAGAGGACACAAAGAAAGUGUCAAAGCACCUGCUUGCUUAUUUUUUCACAGAUGAAGAACGGUUGCGCUGCAACGUAAGCGGAACGCGAAAUGCGGACAUGUUAGAUCCGGAAAGGAUGACGGUAGUUAAGAGACUCACAUUUCAUUACUCCCCUGUGCCAAAGGCUUUGGAAGAAAAAGUAUGGCGAACUUGCGUUAUAGCAAUAGACGCCGCAAGGCGCAACAAAAAGAGAGACAAUUUAAGAAGGUUAAGUGUAGAGAUGGAUCGGCAAUAAAGUAUAAGCCACUAAAUCAUGUAUAAAUAUUUAUAAUACAGUACGUACAUAACGGCAAUAGAAUGUAAACAUUAUGUUGUAAUAUAAAGUAAGAAAGAUAGAAAUAACGUUUAUAAUAAUUAAUGCAUUGAAAACUCAUUUUUAUUAUUGCCCUUAUUUGAUGUUUUACUGUCUUGUUGCUAAUCUAUGUUAAUUUUCAUGUGUCUAUGAUUAAGUGCAUUAACAGCAAUAUAUUGUAAACAUUUAGGCUGUAAAAGAAGAAAUUAUGUUUAUUAUAAUUAAUGUUCUUAUUAUUGCCCUUAUUUGAUGUUUUACUGUCUUGUUGCUAAUCUAUUUAUGUUAAUUUUAAUGUGUUUAUGUACGUAAAUUUACGGCAAUAUAUUGGAAACAUUUACUGCAAGCUGUAAUGUAGGCCUAAAGUAAGAAACAAGAAAUUAUGUUUACAAUAAUUAAUUUUUAGAAAACUUUACAAUUAAUAAUGUUUUACUGCCUUCUUACCAAUGCGAAUUUUAAUAAUAGGUCUGGUGUAUUUUAUUGUCAUAAUGAUGUAUAAUGCAAUAUGUAUUUUCAUACUUUAGUAAGGUCUAAUUAAUAACGUAAUAAUUUUUUUAAUGAUAAAAUAUGAAAUAAUGUAAGGCAAUGGUUUUGUGUGAAU